UUUGAUAUCAGGAACUUUUGUAAGAAUAUCUCCCAAAACCCGGACGAAUUUCGAUUGGCUCCGACCGUUUAUUAUCAUAACCGCAUGAUACCGUCUCGCUCCCGCACAGCCGCAACUCAUCGAGGAGAUUUAAAUGGCGCCCACGUGACCGGAAACUUUUUAAAAAGGGUCGUCUGCUGUAAUAGCUGUGUGAUAGCGCUAAGCUAUGUAUAUAGUUAUCACCGAACAUGUUUUCCUUCGUAACGCGAACCGUUUACGGUGCCGUACGCCGGCAAAGGCUCAACAUCGUGCUUCAAAAUUUUGAGAACAGCUGGAAUCAUUCGUACACGAACAUCGCACACGCAAAGAUGACACGACCCAAGGUGCUGGUUACCCGAGCGACUGUUCCAGAGGCCGGUUUAAAUUUGUUGAAAAAUGAGUGUGAUCUUGAUACAUGGGAACAUACAGAGCCGAUUCCCAAGCCAGAACUGAUAAAAAGGAUAAAAGAAGCAGAUGCUAUUUUCUGUCUACUGACAGAUAAAAUAGAUGAGGAGGUUUUAAGUGCUGCUGGCUCAAAAUUAAAAGUAAUAGCAACAAUGUCUGUUGGCGUGGACCAUCUAGAUUUAAAAGCUAUAAAAUCCAGAAACAUUCCAAUCGGUUACACUCCUGGUGUUUUAACCGAUGCUACUGCUGAACUGACCAUGGCUCUGUUGUUGGCUACCUCUAGAAGAUUGAUUGAAGCCAAUAGAGCAAUUUACAGAGGUGAAUGGAAAGCCUGGUGUCCAACUUGGAUGACCGGACCAAAAAUUUCUGGCUCCAAUAUUGGAAUCGUAGGACUUGGUAGAAUUGGUCUCAGAGUAUCAGAGUACCUAAAGAGUUUUGGAGUUGCCAAAAUUCUCUACACAAGUCGUACAGAAAAACCAGCAGCUACCAAACUUGGAGCACAGAAAGUGGAUUUGGACGAGCUGCUGAAGGAAAGUGACUUUGUUAUAGUCACCACUGCUUUGGUACCAGAAACUAAACAUCUUUUUAAGAAGGAAACAUUUGAAAAAAUGAAGAAAAACUCUAUUUUUAUAAAUAUUAGCCGUGGAGAGGUAGUUCACCAGCCUUCUUUAAUAGAGGCUUUGAAAAAUGGUACAAUUAGAGCUGCUGGUUUGGAUGUUAUGACACCUGAGCCCAUUCCACUUGAUAAUGAAUUACUUAAAUUGGAUAAUUGUGUUAUUAUUCCACACUUGGGAAGUGCGGCGGCCGAAACCCGUGACGAAAUGUCUGUGAUAACUGCGAAAAAUAUAUUAGCUGUUCUGCAUAAUAAACCAGAAGAAAUGCCAGCCCCUCUCAAAUUUUAAAAAGUUUUUUGAUUUUAUGAAUAUUACGCAUGUUUUUGUUAAAUCUGUUAAAUAAAAAAUAAAUUAAGAUUGUAAUUUUAUAAAUAAUA